AUGCUUGCAAAUAAUAAGCAGUCAAGUUUUCAGUUAAAAAAACCAGAAAUAAUUUCUAUAUUAAAACACAAAAAUGACAUAACAUCAAAUUCACAAAUAUUAAAUGAUUCUAGACAGUUGGAUUCAUGUUCAGAAACAAGUUUAACAAGUAGUGGAGCACCAAGCACAGAAGACAGCAUGUAUGUGCAAGGUCCAGUCUUUGGUUGUCGAGCUGAACGUAUGAUGAAAGCUUCAUCAAUUGAGUGGUCUGAUAAUUCUGAAGAUGAAUAUACUGUUUCAGAUGGCUCACGGUCAGUAGAUAUGACCGAUGUUAUAAAGAAUUUGCCAGAUGAAAAUGAAAUAAAUGAGAUAGGAGUUUUAUUUCAAAUACCUACACCAAAUACAGAUUCUCCGAAAAAAUCUUCCAUGAUAACAUUCUGGGUCAUGGGGAGAUUAUUCAAAGAACCAAAUAAACGAGAGUUAUACGUUUGUUAUGAAGAAGGCAUACCUCAAAAUAUGGUUGAAAUUGCAUUUAAGUUGGGUACAAAUUAUGCAACUGGAUAA